UGUCUCCUCUAAGGGUCGUGCUGCUGGGGAAAACUGGUUCUGGAAAGAGUGCCUCAGGCAACACCAUCCUGGGGAGGAAAGAUUUUAAAGAGGGUUUCUCAUCUGAAUCUGUGACUACAACCUGCAGUGAACAACAUACUCUAGAUAAUGUUAGCGAUAUUAUACUGAUUGAUACACCAGGAUUGUUUGAUACAGGAAAGACUUUGGAUGAAAUACAGGGUGAGAGAGAGAAGUGUGUUGAGAUGUCUCUCCCUGGGUCCCAUGCCUUCCUGCUGGUGAUCAGAUUAGAUGAGAGGUUCACAGAGGAGGAGAGCAAUGCUGUGCAAUGGAUCCAGGAUAACUUUGGUGAGGGGGCGCUGAAGUACACUAUAGUGCUCCUCACUCAUGGGGAUGUGCUAAAGGGGGAACCAGUGGAGGAUUUUCUGCGCAAAAGUCCUGCGCUCUCAUCUCUUACUGAACAUUGUGGGGGUAGAUAUCACGUCUUCAACAAUAACAGUCAAGACCGGACUCAGGUCAAAGAGCUAAAGGAGAAAAUUGAGGCCAUGGUGGAAAUGAAUGGGGGCGCAAACUACACCAAUGAGAUAACAGAAAUUUCACUAAUCUGUUUCUCUGGUGGAUUCCUGUGGUGA